AUGGUAAAUGAUGUGAAUAUGACACCAGCCCAUACAGACUCACCGCUGAGACGUUCCGAGGCGGGAGUUUUACGUGAUGGCCAAGCACACAAUGUCACCAUCAACGAUGACGAGGAGGAGCGUAGACAGGCCCGCCGUCGAACACUGCUAUCAUCCACGGGUGGAUCAGAUGCAGCAUGCCUGGAGGAAAAUGAAACGCUGAAGAAAUGCCUGGAAAUCUACAAUGGCAAUAAAUUGAGCAAGGAUAAUGCAUGGUCAGUGUCACUGAUAGACACACUGUCAACAUUGCUGGACAGACAUCAUAAAUCGUUGAAUAAUUUUAAGGUUGCUGGUUCUUCUCUUGAGGCAUCUUCGAAAGUCUACAGUCUCCGUGUCGAUUCAAUACACACAGAUGUCCUGCGUAUGUCUGCCGGCUUAAAUGCCCAAAAAUUCAAUGAAAAACAAUUACAAAACGAUGACGAUGACGAGGAUGAUGUGGCCACCGGUGGUGAAGGUGGCAAUGAUCCGAAUGCCAGUGCAGCGGGUGUUGAAGGUGCCGAAAAACAACCGGCCCAAAAGAAACAGAAGAAGAAGCGAAAUUUAGUUUCAACCAUCACCAAGAAUAAAGACACAAUCAAUGCACGCUUGGAUACAGUACCACUGCAAGAUCCCGUCUUUGGCAAAUUGAAUUCGAUUGUGGGCUCUAUUAACUCCUCAAAUCGUCUCAUGAACAAUAUCCUUCUAACCACAGAGUCCGAGCUGAGACUGAGAACAACAUUUGCCAUUUGGGAUUCGAAAUCACUGCCUGUCUGCGACUAUACCGAAGAAGUUCCGCUGAGUACAGAGAAUGAAGCGGAUUUGGCGAGUUGUGAUCGACUAUUCAAAAUAUCCAAUGUCAACGAUAUGGAAUUGCGUCCAAUGCAUGGUGGUUAUGUGAUAUCAGAUACACCGGAAUCGCCAAACGAUGAUAAGGAUAAUGACACGAGACGUAUGAGUGUCGAUUCCGAUUGUGAUGAUGGCCCGCCGGGUUGUUCAGAUGGUGGCGGUGGAGGUAGUGAUGAUAUCUUUGCACCAUUUCAAAAUGUCAAUGAAUUGGGUAUGGCAUUCGAUAUGAAUGCUGAAUGUGAACCAGUGCCUGCCUUAAGCGAACAUGUACCAAUAAUGGAUGUUAAUUAUGAGGAAUUAGAUGAUGAUUUAACUGUUGAGGAACGUACUGCCAUUAACAAUUGUCGUGGCCUACGUAAAGAACCCGUACUUAUCGAAGAUCUACGGCCAGUUGAUGCUAGUUCUAAGCUCGAAUAUUCUUAUCGGCCUCUGGAUAAGAUUUCACAAUUUUGGGCUGGUCCCUCGCAUUGGAAAUUUAAAAGGACACGACCCAAUCGCCAGACGCUGUCCAGUCAACAGCAGCAUCUUUCGUCGGAGGGUGUUGCGGGCCGCCUAAAUCAACGGGCGAAGCGUAAUAAAAUCGCCCUGGAGAAAAAGAAAUCGAAACAGUUAACAUUUGGUGAAUUUCAUGAUGAGCUCUUCAUUAAAUUGGAUGACAAAUAUAAAAGUCGCAAAGCGAAUAUACAAAAGAAAUGGGAUCAACGUAAACUGAAGCUGCCCGUCGAUUUGCAAUUGGAUCCAUUGCGUUUUUUCACCUAUAAAUAUGCACCGGGCUUGACGUUACACAUGAAACAUGAUGAACGUGACAGUACAGCAGCGACGACAUUAACGGGUGGCACUGAGGAUGAUGAUACGUUACGGCCAGACGAUCAUCAUUUCAAUGAUGGUGGUGAUGAUAUGCCCCACUUUAAUGAUGAUGGCAUGGCAGGUUGUGGUGGUAAUGAAGGUGGAGAUGUGGCUGGUAUGAAUACAUCACACUCAAGUACUCAUCACAAUGAUCCCCAGGCGGCGGAAGGUGGUAUGGGUGAUGACGCCGGCAACAUGGAAAAUCUUAAUGAGACCGUACUGGAAAUUGCCCACGAAUAUGAAGGAGCACCCUCACAAGUUACAAAAAUUGUGGUACCGUUUGCAAAACGUGCCAAAGUUAUUGAUAUGAAAAAUCUCAAACGUAGCUGUUCACUGCUGCUGACCAAACAAUUCAAACAGCCCGUGAAAGAGGAAGAAGUACCCAAACAUCCCAUACCCAAGAAGGAGAAAUAUCAAGAUGGUAUGGGUAGUUUCCAUGAGAUUUACGAACACCUGCCCGAAAUAUUGCCAAAAGCAAUGGCCGAAUCAUUAUCCACCUCCAUAGCAUUCUACUCAGUGUUACAUUUGGCGAAUGAAUUCGAUUUGCGUCUGAUACCCGAAGAAGAUCUAAAAGAUUUCAAAAUACGCAAAGUGACGGGAUAGCUGCUAUACACAAAAACUAACUAUACGUUAAUAAUGUAGUGUCGCUCCUUAAUAUUGUUUGUUUAAUAGUAU